AUGUCCCCAGGGAGCGAGUCUGACCCGAAAUGCCUUGCUGGCGACGCCCCGGCGUACGAAACCAGAGCGUACUCGGUAACACGCAGUACAGCACUACAAAACUAUGCUGCUAAUCAUGAGGAGAACGGAAAUACGGAUAACUCGGAAAUAGGUAGUGCAAUACCAAAAAGCUAUGCUGGGUUUGAUUCCACGGUGAAUGGAUCGUAUAAACUGGAUCUGUCGUCGAAGCCGCGCAAAGAGAGGACGGCGUUCACCAAACAUCAGAUUCGAGAACUCGAGAAAGAGUUCGCCGUACACAAUUACCUAACCAGACUGAGGCGCUACGAAAUAGCAGUCGCUCUCAACCUCACAGAACGACAGGUCAAAGUGUGGUUUCAGAAUCGACGAAUGAAGUGGAAGAGAGUGAAAGGAGCUCAGUUGGUUAGGGACAAAGUCACCGGGCAGCUUAAACCUCUGAUGACGCCAUGUGUGACGUCAUCGGGAAACAUAUUCAGUGACUCAUUAAAAGACGCUGGUUGUGUAUCACGUGAUCAAGACCUCGAACACAUAAAAGAGGAAUCAAGUGAGGGGAAACUCACAUAAAAAAAAAAAAAAAUUAAAAAAAAAAAAAUCUAGUGAAAGAGAGAAAAAAAAGGUUGUGACAUGCCCAAAUUUGCCACGGUCACGACAGCUAACAAAAUGAUAUUAAUCGUUGUAAACGACCGUGAUACAGGCAACCAAUGACAAGAGUGAUGACACAAUAUGACGCAAACAUGGCGGAAUUACGUGCUGUCUCAGAACAAUGGUAUCUGCUCCAGAUUCUACAAGUUUCCUCAAUGCAAUGGGAUGAAUCGUGAUCAAGGGUGGAUAUGUUUCUCUCUAAAUGCCAAAGUCCGUCCAAGACAUGUCGUGAUAUAAGUUUCGUGCAUCGACGUAAUGGUGUGUUUAUUUCGAGAUAGAAGACACAAAACAGCACACACAAAUAUAAUCACCGAUAUGAGAAGACCCCCACAAAUAAUGGAAAAACCCAAUUAACAUAACG